CUGAGUCUGUCGUAGAGAUGCUGUUCGUCUUCUGUCUGGCUGCUCUUCUCUGGAUUGGAGGAUGUGGAUCAGUGUUUCUGAGGUCUGUUCCAGUUGGAGAGAGUUUGACUCUGUACUGCAGCAGUCAGAACUCAUACGGAACUUUGAGGUGGAUUCGACUUUCUAUCGACAAGUCUGUGGAAUAUUUAGCCACCAGUGACAGCCGCGAGUCUUCUGAUGUGGUAAAGAAAGACGAAUCAGGGAAGUUUGACCUUCCUCUUCAUGGAGUGCUGCUGAAUGAAACUGGAUUUUACAUCUGCUGUGAAGUUUGGUACACAGAUUUAAAGAUUUUGAACGUGACCUUUUUACAUGUUGAAGAAGUGUCUCCUCACGUCACCGACAUAGAAGAGGAUUCAUCUGAGGUCCAUUCUGGACUCUCUUACAAGCAUCAGUGUUCAGUUUCCUCCAGUUCCAAGACUAGUUCAUGUUCAGAGAGAGUUUACUGGUUCAAACCCAGAGCAGACAAAUCACCAAGUUUACUGGUCGCACAUGAACACGAAGGUGAGGAGUGUGGAUGGAACUCUACGACUGGAUUGAAGAAAUGUGUCUACAGCGUGUCCAGAGACGUGGACUGGUCUCAUGAUGAGACCCUCUACUGCGCUGUGCUCUCAUGUGGACAGAUCUUCUUCGGAAAUGGGCUGAAAAAGCCUCCUAAAGGUAAAAGAAUAACAUGGUUGUUGAUCUAGUUGCUGUCGAUCCUGUUUUCAGUCCUUCAUUCGUCCUUUCUCUGACAGAGCCUCAUCACUCCUGGUUAACUGCAGGUGUGGUGAGCUCUGGUCUCAUCAUAAGUCUGGGAGUCAACGCUCUUCUGGUUUACAUCAUCAGGAAACAGAAGAGGGACUUCAGUGCAGCCUCCAGCUUCCAGCCAGCACUGAGUGAAGAGCACCAGCAGCAGGUGAAUGAAGAACCUCUGGUUUAUUCUGUGCCAAGUUACACCAAGAGGACGAGUGGAUGGAAUGAAAGAGGUGUCAAGAUGGAGGAAAAUGUGACGUAUUCUGGAGUGCAGAUGAUGGAAUAGAUCCUGGAUCUUCCACUCGGGACUUGAGAUGCUCCCUGAACACUGGAACCUUCAAACUAACCAUGGUUGGAAAAUACAAGACUGGCAGGAUGUUGAUUUUUCCACCACAAACCCAGAACACAAAUUAUUUUGAAGUGUGUCACGGAAGAUCGACAACAGUCACUGUUCACCACUUGACUAACCCACAAACAGCAAACCAGUAUAGAAGUGGAAAACAAAGGUGUUGUGGGAGAAAAACAGUCAAAGCUCUUUGUGUGCCCAGUCUCUGUGAAGCUCUUGUGUGGUUUCUUCUGUCACAGUGAUGGAAAAAGAGUCGGACGUCUGUGCCUCACAGAGAGAGUGAGACAGGAAGUCAGAGGAGUUGGAAGACAUGCAGAGCUAGUUUCAAUAAAUGUGACCAACCACAAACACCUGCCACUUUGGAGAAACACGACAUGUCCGUACACAGUUGUUUCAAAAGAUGUGCCACAUAUUGGUUGAGAGAACCAGAUGCCAAAUACUUCUGCAUGUCAGAGUCACUUCAGGUUAUGCUUGCCAGUUUUUUUAUGGCACAAACUCCAUGAAAGACAAAACCAUUUGGACUUGUCAAAUAUUUUACCAAAUAAUUAAAAAGCUUCACAGAAAUCUCCGGCUUGGAUUUUGAGUGGUUCUUCCAUCACGUGAAGCACAGUUGUGGUGUCAAUUCUAGUCCAGGGUGAGUGGUAUUUGAAGUGCAGAAGACCAGUUGUAGUUUCAGAAGAACGGAGUGAAUGUGAUGGAGGAGCCGUUUUUCAACACAAUAACACUAAUCCUUUUUCAUCAAGUCUCUUUUUGUUUUCGUCCCUCUGCAAGUCUUUUAAGAGUUCAAAAGAUAAAAGACAUUAUGAUGAUGAUUUGCCCUUCUACUGACACACAUGACAAAUGUGAAGAAUAAAACUGCAGAGGUGUUGUCUUGUCUCCUCCCACCUCGCCUUUUGUUUGUAAAAGAACGACACUCUUCCCCGACCGUCAACUUAUUGUGAAAACGCAAAGAUGCAAAUGUGAAAAUGCAGUCUGGACGAAGACAGUUGAGGUUGGACAAGAUGUGACUCUAGAAUCCAGCAGUCAGACGAGUGGAAACUUCUACUGGACUCGAUUUCCUGGGAACUCUUUACCUCGGCUGUUGGUUGCCUUUGAUUCCUACCGAUCUCGUAACGUGAUUACAGAUUCUCGCCGGAGAAUAAAGCUCAAUGACUCCAGGAAGUUUGGUCUGGACAGUGGAUUUUACAUCUGCACUGCAGUUUGGACUUUUGACAUGACAU